AAUACCGAAACGGCCACAAAUGCUUACCAGCAUCAUCACAAUACCCGGGCAGCUGAGAAUUUUUUCAAUGUUCCAGAUUCGAUAUCCCUAAUAAAUAUUGUAAAGCCGGAGAGAUUACAGAACAAUGCCAUGAACCACUCUGCAGAAGAUGAAAAUCAACAAAAUAAUUCCGAAACUGAAACAAAAACCUCCAUAAAUUCCUAUCACCAUCAUCGGGCGCCACGCACCCCCGAAAGUUAUUUCAAUGUUCCCGAAUCCAUUGCCCUGCUAAAUAUUGUCAAAUCCGAACGGAUACAAAGUGCAUUUCAAUCGAAUCGUAAAAAUCAUGCCAGUGUCUGGGAAAUGGUUGCCGAAGUCCUAAAUCGUUAUAGUGCCCGUAAGCGAUCGGCCAAACAGUGUUGUAAUCGUUAUGAGAAUCUAAAGAAAAUCUAUACCCAGCUGAAAAAGAAUCCCGAACGUCAUGUACGUCGCAAUUGGCCAUAUAUGUUUCUGUUUAAGGAAAUCGAAGAACAGCGGGGUGAAUGUUGGGGUUCGAACAGUAAACGGAUUGCGUUGUUGGCCAAAAAUCAAGAUGAAUUAUCGUAUUAUCAUCGGAGACGCCAGGCAGCAGAGUUUGGCGCCUUGUUGGAUAAACAAACUCAGGCGGCAGUGGUGGCCCAACAUAAUCUCCUACAAAGUCUGGCAGCUGUUCAUUCCAAUGAUUCGAACUCGAAUUCGAAAUUGGAACGUUUCCUACCCAAUCAUUUUGUCGAGGCUCAAUUGGGUAAUGAUAGCAGCUGCAACAACAACACCAUGAAUGGUAGUGGCGGGGACAGAGGUGGCAGUAGUAAUGGUACUGGUGGUAGCGCCGAUAUUAACGGUACCAAUGGCAGUGUCUAUGAUGAAUCUCCCUCACCUCUACCCCUGCAAAUGUCACGCAAAGAUCCCCACGAUGUUUCACAUAACAUCUCAGCUGAUUUACCCGAAAAUGCUGCCCAUAAUCUCCUGCAAGCUCAUCUAAGUGGUGGUGUGGCAGCAGCGGCUGUUGCUGCCGCCGCUGCCAAUAACCUAAAAGAGGCUCUGGCUCAACAAUAUGAAAAAGACUGCAACGGGGCACUGAAUCUGCAGACCAGUGAUAACAACAAUGUCUCAAUGAAAUCGGAACCAAUGUCGGAUGGUGAAUUUAAUCCCGAUGAUAUACAGCUGAUGCAAACGAAUUAUAAUGG